AGGCUGCCAGGAGAGCGGUGGGAGGGGGCCACAGCCAACCAGCCUGGGUGCCCCUGACCCCGGCCCUAUACCAUCUGGGGAAACCGUAGCCCAGGGGUUUAGGAGAGAUGCUGACUUCAACCUCCGGAGCACCCCAGUCUGGCUGACACUGAAAUGCACACUCCCUACUCUUCCUGGAAGAGACUGUUAUCUUUCUUCAAUGGCUUCACGGCGAUAUCUGGUGUGAUCCUCAUUGGCCGGGGCAUCUAUGGCAGCUUCAGAGGGGCUGUCCUGACGAGGGUCCUCGCGCUGUCCUCCGCAUACCUCCUUCACGUUGGCUCCCUGUGCCCGGCAAUGAGCUGCCUCACGGGGCUGCUUGGCUUUGCCGGGUGGUCUGGAGCAACCAAAGGAAGCAGACACUCUCUUGUUUGUAAGUCGGAUCUGCACACAGACCCCAAAGUACCCUCCCAAACCUCACCAAGCCGGGCACCUUGCGCUGCCGUGUGUCCGUCACUCCCCUGUUUCGUCUCUGAGGUUCAAGAAGUGGCCUUGGAGCACGUCUCUGCGACCCUGAGGAAGAAUCUUAAUUACAGUGAGCCAGACGACUAUUCCGCAGAAUGGAACUUGGUCACGGGGACGCUAAAGUGCUGUGGGGCAAGGAACUACACAGGCUUUUCUGGGUCUUCCUUUGAAAUGACUGCUGGUCCCUCGGACCCCAGGGGCUGCAGCCCACAAGGGUGACACCAUCCACCAGGGGGUCACUCAAGAUUUUGU